UCUGAAAAACAACCCCACUCCGGCCCGGCGGCCUCUUCUUCUCCCCUCACCCCCUUCCGUCCGUCCCCCCCACAGCCUCAAUUGGCCUCCGCCGCCUUUGUUCCACCGAAGCACGCGCGCCGCCUCGGAGGUAUCGCCCACGUCCCCGUCCACUCCACUGGCCUGGCGUGGAGUUGAGAUCUGUCCGUAUCCGGUCUCGGAUUGAUUUUUUCCUUCGAAAUUGAUGAAGCAAUUGGACGAAUCGAGCAGAUCGCUGAGUGUUUGAUGCGUGCGAUCGAGAGCUCGUGCGGAUAUGGACGUGGUGGGGAUGGUGGGGCGCGGGGUGGGGCGUGUCCUCUCGCAGGGCAUGUACUCCGUCGCCACGCCCUUCCACCCUUUCGGCGGCGCCGUCGACAUCAUCGUGGUUGAGCAGCCAGAUGGCUCCUACCGCAGCACGCCCUGGUAUGUCCGGUUUGGCAAGUUCCAGGGUGUUCUCAAGCGUAAUGAGAAGGUGGUUACCAUCGCCGUCAAUGGUGUGGACGCCAGCUUCCACAUGCUGCUUGACAACUCUGGCCAGGCAUACUUCAUGCGGGAGCUUGUGCCUGGCGGCGAGGACUCUGAAACCGCUGCAGAAGAAGCUACGAGCGAGCCUGAGACUCCUCUGCGUAGUAAGAGUGACGGGGAACUUUACAUUGGCACAGAUGGCCAGUUGGUCAGCCCAGAGUUGAAUGAGGAUCAGGAGGAACAAAAUGGAGAGGAGUUUGAUUCGUAUGGUUAUACCAAGUUGGAGGAGGCACAAGAUUUGGCAAAUCAAGCUGGUGGGGGCAAUUCAGAGAUGCUUUUGGUUAGCGUCAACGGGUGUGUUCUAACUGCUCCCAUUUCUUCAACUGAGGAGAAUAUGGAGGACGUGCAACUAAGUGAUCCACAGUUCCAUUUGGGGCCCGGGGAGAGCUCAAGUGGUGACCUCAGCCGCGGUGGCGAGGUGUGGGAAUCUGGCCUUUUGGAUGAUUUAUACAUAUCACAGGAGAAGGUUAAGUUUGAUUCUGAACAUCCAUCAGAGGCUUUGGAGGAGCUUCGGGAGGUAUCAAUUUUGAAGGAUGAGUCACAUGACAUCCCAGUUAAUGAAUAUGAAAGCCUCCAUGUGUCUGUUAAUGAAGACCAGACCUGUGUUGCAUUGACCAAUGAAGAUGAGGCUCAGAGUGUGUCACGGUCAGAGAACAAUGGUUCGAAUUAUCAACCUUUGGUCGUGGAAGGUGUAGGUCAUGAUGCAUCAGGAAACAACGGUGAGGGCUAUCAACCCUUUCCCAGUAGAGAUGAAGCUCUUGAUGUCUUGGAGAACAAUGAUGAUGCUUAUCAACCAUUGGCCAAUGAAGAUGAAGCUCUUGAUGUGUCGGAGAACAAUGAUGAUGCUUAUCAACCAUUGACCAAUGAAGAUGAAGCUCUUGAUGUGUCGGAGAACAAUGAUGAUGCUUAUCAACCAUUGACCAAUGAAGAAGAGACUUGUGAUAUUCCACUGGUUCAGAACAACGAGGCUUGCAAGUCCCCAUCUAAGGCAGGCAAGGCAUGUGAUGCCAGCAAUGAGAUUAUUGAUGAUGAGGUUCAGGGUUUAUCACUGUUAGGGAACAAUGGUCCGGAUUAUGAACCGCUAAAUGUGGAAGAUGAGGCUAAUGAUAUUUCGGGGAGCAAUGAUGAGGUUUAUCCUCUCUUGCCCAGGAAAGAUGAGUCCCUUGAUCUCUCGGAGAACAAUGAUGAGGGUUCUCAACCCUUGACCAAUGAAGAUGAGGCUUGUAAAAUCCCACUGGUUCAGAAUGAUGAGGAUUGCGAGUCCCCAUCUAAGGCAGGUGAAAUUUGUGAUGGAAGCAAUGAGAAUAUUCAGGCUAGUUUUAGCAGAUAUGAUACUUUCAGAAGUUGCUUGGAUCUGACAUCACAAGAUGAUGGAGAUUCAGGAACUGAACUCUUUUCACCUGAAUUUGAUCACCAGAGGGAUUCUGAGCUUAGUCUGAGUAUCCGUUCCGAUGUUGACAUAGAUCUGGGAGAAGAUGGAAGUGAAACUGCGCACUAUGAUCAAUCCAAUCAAUUAAAGCAUAUGGAGGAACUGGAUGUUUCAUCAGUUACUUCAGACGAUAAUAUAACACGCAGCGAAGAUUGCUCUCCUGUCUAUGGCAAGGCAGCUGACUUGUCCUGUGAAGGGGGUUCUGAUGACAGGAGCAAAGACACCGGCCCUUCUAACAUUGGAGCUUGUAAAUCUGAUCGCUUGCGAUUGUCCCCAAGCAGUGACAGAGACAAAUUAGGAAGCAUUCCGGAGAACCCAACUGCUGAAGAGGAAAUAAAUAAAGAAGAGCACCCCCAAUUACAGAAGGGUUUGGGCUUUGAGAUUUCUCUGUGUGGGCACUUGUUACGGCCAGGAAUGGGCCAAACAUCUGCUGAUGAAGUUUUCCAACAACAUCUUGUCCCCGAGGAGGAUUUCAAAUCGUCUGGACCAUCAAUAAUAAAAAAUGCAAACCUUAUUGUCAGAAUUGACUGUAACUAUUUUGCAUGGAGUAAAGUUUCUCAUGUUGUUCUUGGGAAGGCUGUAUUUGGUCCAGACUUCUCUGUAGAACCUAUCGAUGCUAUUCCAGUUGAACACCAGGAAACACCCAAUUCGAGAGAUGAUUCUCUUGGGAUCUCUCCAAGCAGAAGAUGGAGGCUGUGGCCUAUUCCAUUUAGGAUAUCAAGAUCUCUUCAACGCAGUAAUAGUGAUUCUUCUGAGGAUGUUUUUCUUGACACAGAGACGGUCUUGAGUCCUAUGGAUGAGCAAGCCCCAGACAACAAUAAAAACCAGUCACCAAGAAAGCAAUUUGUGCGGACUUUAAUUCCCACUAGCGAACAGGUGGCAUCUCUAAAUCUGAAGGAGGGACAGAACAUUGUCACCUUUAGCUUCUGCACCAGAGUUUUUGGGAAGCAGCAGGUUGAUGCCCAUAUCUACGUGUGGAAAUGGAAUGCAAAAAUUGUUAUAUCCGAUGUGGAUGGAACCAUCACAAGGUCUGAUGUCUUGGGCCAGGUCAUGCCGUUAGUUGGACGAGAUUGGAGUCAGUCUGGUGUGGCUCGACUCUUUUCUGCAAUAAAGGAAAAUGGUUAUCAACUAAUAUUCCUUAGUGCUAGAGCCAUUGUCCAGGCAUAUCUGACCAAAAACUUCCUCUUCAAUCUUAAACAGGAUGGGAAAGUACUGCCUAAUGGACCUGUUGUAAUUUCACCUGAUGGAUUGUUCCCUUCGCUCUACCGAGAAGUUAUACGAAGAGCACCACAUGAGUUCAAGAUUGCCUGUCUGGAGGACAUUAAAGCACUUUUUCCUUCCGACUACAAUCCAUUUUAUGCUGGAUUUGGCAACAGAGACACUGAUGAGCUUACAUACAAAAAGAUGGGAAUUUCGAAAGGCAAGAUUUUUAUCAUCAACCCCAAGGGUGAAGUGGCCAUCAAUAGUUCAGUUGAUGUGAAGUCAUAUACCUCCUUGCAUACUCUUGUCAAUGACAUGUUCCCUCCAACAACUUUGGUUGAGCAGGAAGACUACAACUCAUGGAAUUACUGGAAGGUGCCACUGCCAGACGUUGAUUUGUAGUGUAGUUUUGACAAGUACAGCAGUUAGGUGCAAGUAGAGUCUGCGACAGCAUGACAGGCAAGCUCGUGUACGCUAGUUCUCAAUCGCCACAGCAGAAUUCUGUCCAACCUGUAUAGCACAGGGCGAGUUUCCAGAUGCACUGUUUUGAUCGCCGUUGUUGCAGAAGCUCGAUUUCCUUUGCCCCGACGCAGCUCUAUCACGAUCAUUCAUCUUUUAGGUAGUGAUCUGAUGGUCAUCGCCGUCGUCGGAACUUAUUGCCGCCCGCCGAGCUUGUUAGUAAUCUGUUAUCAGCAGCUGCUAGCCUGCGUUGCUUUCCUUGUCCUCGUAGCUGUAGGCUGUGAUGUAGUAGCUUAUCUGUCAGUUUAUUUAGAUUACUUGCUGGUACACUGGAAGGCAACAGGGAAGAGAAAUUGUCAAUCACGCUGUAUGUUGUUGUAUAUGGGAUUAUAAAUACGACCGCAUUUUUGGUGUAAA